CGGGACCAAGCGUCAACCCGGAAGAGGGAUACGAGUUGUUUAUCUUUUCAUUGAAGUCUAAAGGGGCAUACGAGACGUCCUGCAUCUUGGCGAGGGAUGGAUGCUACUCAGGUCAUCAACUACUCCAUCCUAGAGUCAGAUGAGGAGGAAAAGAAUGAAGAGAAACCAAAACCAUUAGCUAAGCUGUGCAUCUUAAAGAAUGACCACAUCCCUGAAAGAGACUUCCCCCUUUUUAUUGGAGAUAACGUGCUCGGUCGGGACGCCGACACCUGUGCCCUGCCCUUGCCGGCGCCCUCUGUGUCCAAGCAACACGCCACCAUAUGCAUCUCUGUCCACCGGAGACGAGGAUCCUCCAGCAGAGCCGAUACGGAGGCUUUGGUUUGGGAUCUAGGUAGCAUGAACGGCACCCGCAAGGGCCGCUUGAAGUUGACCCCGAAUGUACGCUACGCCCUCAGCGAGGGGGACCGCCUGUUGGUGGCGGACAUCCCGUGUCAGUAUGUUGGCUGGGAGAGCAGAGGGACUCCUGAGAGCCUUAAGGUGAAUGCCAGUGGAAGUACGCAGGCUUCAGCUGUGGUGGCCCUUUUUGGUGAAGCACAGAACAGUCCUGCGCAGAACAGCUGUUUGUCCCUUGAGAAGACUCCAGUGCAACUGCAGGGGACGCUGGUCGCAGAGUCUGACUUGGACUCGGAUGGAGAGAGUCAGGGGCACCGAGAGGGCAGACGCAAGUCCCUCGAUUCAAAUUCAGAUUCUAAACCCAGCGCCACCUGUUCAACCUUCUUGAGUCCCACAAACAAAAUAGUUCCUGAAAGUGAGGAUGAAAGCCCCAUCACACCGUCAUCCUCUACCAGAAAGAAGCCUUGCAGAUAUGUCAGCUCCAGCGAAGAGGAGCCUAACAUAAAUGCUGGGCGACAGCAGUUUGAGAACAAAACCUCGCCUGCGACUGUAGACGACAGUGACGAAGGGGAAGGCGCCGUGGUAAAUGGCCAGACACCAGGAGGAACAAGGCUUGAGGAGAAAAAACAACACAGAUUUAUAAAAGAAAGCUUGCCACGUGUGUCUAAAAGCAGUGCGAUCCCUGAUUUUAACAUAGACAGUGAUACAGAUGUGGAGGACGCUGAUGAUGCCAGACCCCUAGAAGGGACUGACCGGGAUGUGUCACAUGACGCCCCAAAAGUAGAUUUAGCACCUCCAGUGCUGCCGGAUGACUUCCAGCUUGACAGCGACACAGAUGUGGACGAGGGUGCUGACACCAGCAGAGAUAAAACCCUUUCCAGGCUAGACUUAAAGAUGAGCGACUUGUCAGAGUCAGAUGAUGAUCAGGGCUCUGCCUUUAAUACACAUCCUGAUGUCAGAGGAUCAAGCAACAAUCAUGGGCCUAUAGCAGCCAUUUCCACUGAUAUCACCAUAGCAGCUGCUGAGUCUGACAUAGACACAGAUGUCGAUGAAUCCAGUGUGCCCCCUGCUGGAGGUGGACAGGACAGCGAUACCGACAUGGAGGACCAAAUCCCAAGUCUUCCGGCUAUAAAAACAUCGGAGUUGCAUGCUCCAUUACUGGAGAACUGCUCCACUCCUGCGCAAGAAAAUGAAGUGGAGGAAAUGGAGACCCAAGCCUUCCUUACUCCUUCUCAGGGUCCAUUUAAACGUGCUGUAAGAUCUACAGCGUUGUCUUCAUGCUCAGACGGUCUUGAGCAUGAGGAUGUUAUCGUGGCAGAGACGCCACCCUUUAACCUUCAGACCCGAGUGCAGGUUCACUGUGACAACAGUGACACCAGUCCACCAUCAGAACCUGUAUCCUCCAGCGAGGACACAGAAGAAUUGCAUAGUGAAGGGCCGUCUUUCCAGCUGGGUUUGUCGGACAGCAGCCACCUGCAAAGUCAUGCCCAUGCUUUGGCCAUGGAAAACACAGAGUCUUUUGUCCCUGUGAGUGUGGAGGAUACACAAGAGUAUGGAACUCCAUACCACCACAGGAAUGAUUUAAACAUGGAGGCCACCCAAGCUUAUGCGGAACCUGCCAGGAGUCCAGUGCGGCAGGUUGAGCUGGCUUUACAAGAAACUCAGGCGUAUAUUUCGGAGCCUUACAAUGAGUCUGAAGAUGACUCAGAUAAAGAAACCCAAUCUUUGGAUGGGACUUCCUUUUCUGCUAACGUUGCUUUGGCUGAAACCCUACCUGCUUUAAUGGCAGAACCAUCUCCAAACAAUUUACUAUUGUUGCAAACACAAAGCCAGAUAUCGAUAGAAGCAGACUUAAGCGAGGAACACGAGGAGGCGGCUGGAGAAACUUGUAAUGAAACUGGAGCCAUUCCUGAAAACCAACCGAUGUGUACAAUUGAGUUUAAGAACUCAAUUCCAGUUUUACUGAAAAAUAAAGCCAUGCCUCAGCAGCUUGAAAAAGACACUCAACCCUUGAUUAGAGGUGACUUUUCUGUAGCUAAGACCCAGUCCAGGGGCAUAGGUCAGACUCAGUCCACAUCGACAAGUCUAACCAAGGAGAGUGAUGGUGAGGACCCUAUUCCUGGAUUGGUACAGCUUCAAAAUGAGACGCAACCCAUUACGACUGUAGCGGUUGAUAACCAGCCGAUGUCUACAAGUGAUGAUGAUGAAGGCGAUAGCGAGGACUCAAUUCCUAUGUUACAUAAUAAAAGGAAAGCAAGGCCACUUGAAGAGACCCAGCCAUUGACGAGUUGUGAUUUUCCUGUAGCUGAGCCUCAGCCCAUAGCUGCAUGUGACACUGAGGAAAGCGAUGACGAGGACCUCAUUCCGUCUUUACAUAAAGGGAAAGUACGACUUCAAAAGGACACACAACCUAUUGCGACAUCUAGUGAUUUGGCUGUUGAAGUGCAGCCUAUGACUGAAGCUGCGAUCCAGCUUAUGGCUACAAGUGAUCAUAAUAAAAGCAAUGAGGACGAGUCAAUCGCAGUAUUGUGUAAUAAAAGAAAAGAAAAGCCACUGCAGCUUGAAGAAGAAACUCAACUCUUGAUUGGAGGCGACUUUCCUGGAGCCGAGACCCAGCCAAUAGCUGCAAGUCAUGCUGAUCAGAGUGAUAACGAGAACCUUGUUCCUGUCUUAAUACAUUUUCAAAAAGAAACAAAACCCAUUAUAACAUCUAACGAUUUGGCUGGUGAAGUUUAUUCUAUGACUGUAUCUGCAACAACGCCUAUGGCAUUCAGUGAAAAUGAGGAAAGCGAUGACGAAGACUCAAUUCCAGUUUUACAUAUCAAAAGAAAAGCCAGACCGCUGCACCUAGAAGACGAGACUCAACCCUUGAUGGCUUGCGACUUUCCUGUAGCCGGGACCCAACCCAUAGGUACAUGUCAUACUGAUGAGAGUGAUAACGAGAACCUUGAUCCAGUCUUAAUACAUCUUCAAAAAGAAACAAACCCCAAUAUAACAUCUAACGAUUUGGCUGGUGAAGUUUAUUCUAUGACUGUAUCUGCAACAACGCCUAUGGCAUUCAGUGAAAAUGAGGAAAGCGAUGACGAAGACUCAAUUCCAGUUUUACAUAUCAAAAGAAAAGCCAGACCGCUGCACCUAGAAGACGAGACUCAACCCUUGAUGGCUUGUGACUUUCCUGUAGCCGGGACCCAACCCAUAGGUACAUGUCAUACUGAUGAGAGUGAUAACGAGAACCUUGAUCCAGUCUUAAUACAUCUUCAAAAAGAAACAAACCCCAAUAUAACAUCUAACGAUUUAGCUGGUGAAGUUUAUUCUAUGACUGUAUCUGCAACAACGCCUAUGGCAUUCAGUGAAAAUGAGGAAAGCGAUGAAGAAGACUCAAUUCCAGUUUUACAUAUCAAAAGAAAAGCCAGACCGCUGCACCUAGAAGACGAGACUCAACCCUUGAUGGAUUGCGACUUUCCUGUAGCCGGGACCCAGCCCAUAGGUACAAGUCAUACUGAUGAGAGUGAUAACGAGAAUAUUAUUCCAAUCUUAGUACAUCUUCAAAAAGAUACAAAACCCAUUACAACAUUAAGCGAUUUGGCUGGUGAAGUUCAUUCUAUGACUGUGUCUGCAACACAGCCUAUGGCAUUCAGUGAAAAUGAGGAAAGCGAUGACGAAGACUCAAUUCCAGUUUUACAUAUCAAAAGAAAAGCCAGUCCGCUGCACAUAGAAGAAGAGGCUCAACCCUUGAUUGCUUGCGACUUUUCUGUAGCCGGCACCCAGCCCAUAGGUACAAGUCCUACUGAUGAGAGUGAUAACGAGAACCAUAUUCCAGUCUUAGUACAUCUUCAAAAAGAUGCAAACCCCACUACAACUUCAAACAAGUCUGCUGUUGAAGUGCAGCCUCUGACUGUAGCUGCAACACAGCCUAUUGCUAUAAGUGAAAAUGAGGAAAGUGAUGACGAAGACUUAAAUUUACUUUCACAUAAUGAAAUAAAAAACAGACUGCUGCAUAUAGAAGACAAUACUCAACCCUUAAUUAGUUGCGACUUUCCAAUAGCCGAGACCCAGCCCAUGGCUACAUGUCAGACUGACGAAAGUGAUGACGAGGACCCCAUUCCUGCUUUAGAUCAAAGAAAAGUACAACUUCAAAAAGAGACACAACCUACAUUAACUUGUAAAAGUUUGUUUGUGGAAGUACAACAUAUGACUAUAUCUGCAAGCCAGCCGAUGGCUACAAUUGAUUCUGAUGAAAGCGAUGACGAGUCGAUGGCAGUCUCGCUUAAUAAAAGAAAAGAAAAAACGCUUCAACUGGAAGAAGAGACUAAACCCUUGAUUGGUUGCGACUUUCCUCUUGCCCAGACCCAGCCCACAGCUGCAAGUCAUACUGAUGAGAGUGAUAACGAGAAUAUUAUUCCAAUCUUAGUACAUCUUCAAAAAGAUACAAAACCCAUUAUAACAUUAAACAAUUUGGCUGUUGAAAUGCAGCCUAUGACUGAAGCUGCAACACAGCCUAUGACUUUGAGUGAAAAUGGGGAAAGUGAUGACGAAAAGUCAAUUCCAUGUUCACCUACUAAAACAAAAGCCAGACCGCUGAAACUGGAAGAAGAGACACAACCCUUGAUUGGUUGUGACUUUCCUGUAGCCAAGACCCAGCUCAUAGCUACAUGUCACACUGAGGAAAGUGAUGGCGAGGACCCCAUGCCUGCUAUAAAUACAAGGAAAGUACAACUUCAAAAAGACACACAAUCCAGUACAACUUCUAAAAGCUUGGCUGUGCAAGUACAACAUAUGAAUAUAUCUGCAACCCAGACUAUGGCUACGAGUGAUUCUGAUGAAAGCAGUGACGAGUCCAUGGCAGUCUCGCUUAAUAAAAGAAAAGCAAAGCCGCUUCAGCUUGAAGAAGAGACUAAACAUUUGAUUGGUUGCCACUUUCCUCUAGUCAAGUCACAGCCCAUAGAUGCAAGUCAUACAGAUGAGAGUGAUAACGAGAAUCUUAAUCCAGAUUUGGCUGUUGAAGUGCAGCCUAUGACUGUAGCUGCAACACAGCCUAUGGCUUUGAGUGAUAAUGAGGAAAGUGUUGAUGAAGACUUAAUUCCAGUUUCACUUAGUAAAAUAUUAAACAGACCUCUGCAUCUAGAAGAGGAGACACAACCCUUUAUUGGCUGCGACUUUCCUGUAGCUGAGACCCAGCCCAUAGCUACAUGUCACAUUGAGGAAAGUGUAGAUGAGGACCCCAUUCCUGCUUUAAAUAAAGGAAAAGUACAACUUCAGAAAGAGACACAACCCAGUGCAACUACUAAAAGUUUGGCUGAAGAAGUACAACAUAUGACCAUAUCUACAAUCCAGCCGAUGCCUACAAGUGAUUCUGAGGAAAGCAAUGACAAGUCGAUGGCAGUCUCGCUUAAUAAAAGAAAAGCAAAGCCGCUUCAGCUGGAAGAGACUCAACCCUUGAUUGGUUGCAACUUUCCCGUAGUCGAGACCUCUGCUGUAAGUCAUACUGAUGAGAGUGAUAGCGAGAAUCUUAUUCCAGUUUUAGUACAUCUUCAAAAAGAGAUGAAACCCAUCACAACUUCUAACGAUUCGGCUGUUGAAGUGCAGGCUAUGACUGUAGCUGCAACACAGCCUAUGGCUUUGAGUGAAAAUGAGGAAGGCGAUGACGAACACUCAAUUCCAGUUUCACGUGAUAAAACAAAAGCCAGACCGCUGCACCUAGAAGAAGAGAUACAACCCUUGAUCAGUUGCGACUUUACUGUAGCCGAGACCCAGCCGAUAGCUACAUGUCACACUGACGAAAGCGAUGACGAGGACCCCAUUCCUGCUUUAGAUCAAAGAAAAGUACAACUUCAAAAAGAGACACAACCUAAUACAACUUGUAAAAGUUUGUCUGUGGAAGUACAACAUAUGACUAUAUCUGCAAACCAGCCGAUGGCUACAAGUGAUUCUGAUGAAAGCGAUGACGAGUCGAUGGCAGUCUCGCUUAAUAAAAGAAAAGAAAAAACACUUCAGCUGGAAGAAGAGACUCAAACCUUGAUUGGUUGCAACUUUCCUGUAGUCGAGACCUCGGCUGUAAGUCAUACUGACGAAAGAGAUAGCGAGAAUCUUAUUCCAGUCUUAGUACAUCUUCAAAAAGAGAUGAAACCCAUCACAACUUCUAACGAUUCGGCUGUUGAAGUGCAGCCUAUGACUGUAGCUGCAACACAGCCUAUGGAGUUGAGUGAAAAUGAGAAAGGCGAUGACAAAGACUCACUUCCAGUUUCACAUGGUAAAACAAAAGCCAGACCACUGCACCUAGAAGAAGAGAUACAACCCUUGAUUGGUUGCGACUUUCCUGUAGCCGAGACCCAGCCGAUAGCUACAUGUCACACUGAAGAAAGUGAUGACGACCCCAUUUCUGCUUUAGAUCAAAGAAAAGUACAACUUCAAAAAGAGACACAACCUAAUACAACUUUUAAAAGUUUGUCUGUGGAAGUACAACAUGCAACUAUAUUUGCAACCCAGCUGAUGGCUACAAGUGAUUCUGAUGAAAGCGAUGACAAGUCGAUAGCAGUCUCGCUUAAUAAAAGAAAAGAAAAACAGCUUAAUCUUGAAGAAAACACUAAACCCUUGAUUGGUUGCAACUUUCCUGUAGUUGAGACCCAGCGCAUAGCAAGUCAUCCUGAUGAGAGUAAUAACGACAAUCUUAUUCCAGUCUUAGUACAUCUUCAAAAAGAGAUGAAACCCAUCACAACUUCUAACGAUUCGGCUGUUGAAGUGCAGCCUAUGACUGUAGCUGCAACACAGCCUAUGGAGUUGAGUGAAAAUGAGAAAGGCGAUGACAAAGACUCACUUCCAGUUUCACAUGGUAAAACAAAAGCCAGACCACUGCACCUAGAAGAAGAGAUACAACCCUUGAUUGGUUGCGACUUUCCUGUAGCCGAGACCCAGCCGAUAGCUACAUGUCACACUGAAGAAAGUGAUGACGACCCCAUUUCUGCUUUAGAUCAAAGAAAAGUACAACUUCAAAAAGAGACACAACCUAAUACAACUUUUAAAAGUUUGUCUGUGGAAGUACAACAUGCAACUAUAUUUGCAACCCAGCUGAUGGCUACAAGUGAUUCUGAUGAAAGCGAUGACAAGUCGAUAGCAGUCUCGCUUAAUAAAAGAAAAGAAAAACAGCUUAAUCUUGAAGAAAACACUAAACCCUUGAUUGGUUGCAACUUUCCUGUAGUUGAGACCCAGCGCAUAGCAAGUCAUCCUGAUGAGAGUAAUAACGACAAUCUUAUUCCAGUCUUAGUACAUCUUCAAAAAGAGACAAACUCCAUCACAACUUCUAACGAUUCGGCUGUUGAAGUGCAACCUAUCACUGUAGCUGCAACACAACUUAUGGCUUUGAGUGAAAAUGAGGAAGGCGAUCACAAAGACUCAAUUCCAGUUUCAUAUAAUAAAAGAAAAGCCAGACCACUGCACCUAGAAGAAGAGACACAACCCUUGAUUGGUUCGGACUUCAUUGUGGCCGAGACCCAGCCUACAGCUACAUGUCACACUGAGGAAAGUGAUGACAAAGACCCCAUUCCUGCUUUAAAUAAAAGGAAGGUCCAACUUCAAAAAGAGACACAACCUAAUACAACUUCUAAAAGUUUGGCUGCGGAAGAACAGCAUAUGAUUAUAGUUGCAAUCCAGCCAAUGGCUUCAAGUGAUCCUGAUGAAACUGAUGAUGAGGACUUGAUUAUGUACUCCCAAAAUAAAAUAAAAACAAUGUCGCAGCAGCUAGAAGAAGAGACUCAACCCUUGAUUGGUUGUGACUUUUCUGUUGCCAAGACCAAGCCCAUAGCUGUGAGUCAUACUGAGGAGAGUGACAGUGAGAUUGUUAUUCCAGUGUCAGUACAUCUUCAAAAGGAGACAAAACCUAUUUCAACUGCUAACGAUUCGGCUGUAGAAGUGCAGUCUAUGACUUUGGCUGUAGAACAGCCCAUGGUUUUGAGUAAAGAUGAGGAAAGCGAUGAUGAAGACUCAAUUAUAGUUCCACAUAGGAAAAGAAAAGCCAGACCGCUGAAGCUUGAAGAAGAGACCCAAUCCUUGAUUAGUUGUGACUUUCUUGUAGCUGAGACCCAGCCCACAGCUACAACCAAAGGGGUUGAUGACAAUGACCCUAUUCCUACCUUAUCUAAAAUAAAAGUCCAACUUCUGAAAGAGACGCUACCCUUGAGUUUGAAUGUAGCUACAACCCAGAUUAUGGCUACAAGUGAAAAUGAGGUUAGUCAUGUUGACUGUAUUAGAAAAGAACAUUUGCUGCAGGAGACACGGUCUCUUAACAGCACUGUUGAACUAUCAGGCAUUUUAAGUCCAAAAGGUCAGCCAGAAGAUGGAGAUAAAGACCUAAGGAGUAGUGAAGGCAAACCAUCAACAGCUCCAAGAAAACCUCAAGAAGAGGAGCCUCAGACACUGGAGAUGUCUGCUCUUGGGGAUGUUUUAUGUCCAGGUCAAGAGAAAGAAGAGUCCAAAGUCUUUUCUGCUAUAACUCAGCCCAUGGACACAUGUGAAGAUGAAGAGGCAGACAGCGAGAUCUUUAUCUCGGGCCAACGAAAAAAUAAAGUUGAACCGCUGCAAUUUGAAGAUGAGACACAGUCUCUCGUGGGUUCUCAAAGUCAAUCAACCGAAAACAAACCAGGUCCAUCGCUUCAAAAAGAAACCUUGAGUGAAGUUGGAACUAGCAGCAGCAUUGUUGGAUGCUCAAGAAGAACACAAGAAUGUGAAGAGGAGGAAGAGACACAAAAAAGACAGACAAGAAGCAAAAAAGCUAGACAAAAGUCUGUGAAAUCCAGCCCUGGCAAGGCAAGUGAGAAAGAAGCAACGAUGCAGCACACCAAGGACCAACAACAGAAUAAUAAUGAAAAUCAGAGCAUUCGAGUAGAAAGAUUGGAAAGCAAGAGUAACAAAGAAGAGAGACAUGAAACUGAAAAAAAGGAGAAGGAAGCAAAGGAGAGACUACAAAAAGAAAUUGCAGAGAGGGAAAAGGAAGAACGGUUGCAAGCGACAAAAGAACAAGAAAGAAGCAAGAGGGAGAGGACAGACCUGGAGAUGAAACCCACAGAAAGACAGACACAGAAUGAGGAAGAAAAACCCAAAGUACCACAGAGAGGCCGAAGAGCAACCAGAAGAACCAUCGCCGCUGCAGCUGAGCUGGAACUUGAGGAUUGCCCAGCCAUGAGGACCAGAUCACGUUCCAACUCCUCCAACUCUAUCAACUCUGAGGUGUCCGCUUUGAGCACACAGGAGAGUCAGGGGAGAGGUAGAAGGGCGAAGCGUUUCAAUGGUCCUGCUAAGGCAACUACCAGUAGACGGCAGACAGUGGCUGCAGAGGCUUCUGGUAUUAGAGAACCACAAGAGCAGGACAUUGUUGGUGUUUCAAGGUCCAGUUCUUCCAAUUCUCUUGCUUCUGAGAUGUCCUGCAGCAGUCUCGGCUCUCGGGUUAGAGGAAGACGAGGCCGCAAGCGUGGAAGAGGGGUCAAAACGGAAUCAGGACCCAGCUGGGUCCAGCCUGUCUUUAGUCCAAACCCUUCGCCUAGGCCUACAACAAGAAGCAGGAGUGGUUGGAAGGCAGCUGUUACACCCAGUGAAAAUUAUUGUGAGAUGCCAGAGGUAAAACCGGCAUCUGCCACUCGGAGGCGCAGGCGAGCCGGCGUCAACGAGCCUACAACUGCAGAGCAGUCAAAUCAGGAGGACCAGUCUGCUGGUGAAGGCUCUCCUCUCCCUAAAAGAACAUUUAGGCGCCGAACAGUAAAAAGUGAAGCUGUUGAGGCUUCAGUAGAUUCCCUGGGCAAUGAUCAAGAAGAGGCAAAAGAAGACAAAGGAAAAGGAAGGAAAAGAGAGCUGGAGGCAGGAGAAUCCAAAGACGACAGUCUAGCUCCAGUUCGAGCUAAGAGAAGAGGCACGGUUGCAAAACCAAAUCCCUUAGACACGGCCAGCGAGGAUGGAAGUGUGCCAUCGGUCAGUUCUGCUGUUGAAGUUGCAGAGCCUCAGACUCCAAUCGGGAGCAGAAGCCGGAAGAGAAAAGCUUUUGUGGGAGCGUCUCCUGGAAUUUAUGGCGCCUCCUCCCCAUCAACGAGUUGUCGACCACAAUCAGUCGAACAGUUUUAUAAGGUGCUAUUCACUGGGGUGGUGGAUGCCGCCGGCGAGAAAGUGUUGGCCCGUUUAGGAGGCACUCUUGCCAAAGGCACUGCAGACAUGAAUUGCCUGGUGACCGACAAGGUGCGCAGAACCGUCAAGUUCUUGUGCGCCGUGGCCAAAGGAGUCCCCAUUGUCACCACACACUGGCUGGAGAAGAGCGGUAAAGCUGGGAGCUUUUUGCCUCCUGACGCCUUUAUUGUGAAGGAUCCAGAGCAGGAGAAGAAGUUCAGUUUCUGCCUAAAAGAGUCUCUGACGCUUUCAAGCAGCCAGCCUCUUCUGCAGGGAUAUGAGAUCCACAUCACUAAGUCGGUGAAGCCAGAGCCAAUCCACAUGAAAGACAUCAUUGCCUGCAGCGGAGCCACUUUUCUUUCCAAGAUGCCUUCUUCCCACAAGCCUCAGACUAUAGUGAUCUCCUGCGAGGAGGACUGGCCGCUGUGUCGCGCUGCCAUCUCGGCGUCGCUCCCAGUGGUCUCUGCGGAGUUCAUCCUCUCUGGAAUCCUGCAGCACAAAUUGGACUUUGACACUCACAAACUGUCCGGCCCGUCUGAUAACCUCCAGCCCGCUCCGAGCCGGAGAGGGCGCGGCAGUAAGAAGUCGUAGCAUGAAGUAACUGACAGCAUCCCUUUCACAACUGCACCCGGCCAUCGCCUCCGUCCUGUUGCCAUGUACUUACAGCAAGUACUUUUUAAACAAGCGUUAUUUAUACCGUGGCGGAUGGGACUAACGACCCAUUCAUUAUCCCUGUCCUCCCGCUCCGCUCCACCUCAAAACGAGCAGAGCAGGAAUUAACGUUACUUAACGUCCACUUCUCGCUGUAAUCACACACGUUGAAGCGCGGGUGUAUAAUUCGUGUUUGCCACACAACAACGGAUAGAUUUGGGCAUGCUUUUCCACAUAGAAAGUCAUUUCUCUCCACGCUUAGAUGAUAACGAACCUAGCAGAGUGUCCUCCGUCUCCAUUAACCACCAACAAGCUCCAUUAAGGCCCCAUGCAAUCCUAUUAGCCGCGUACGGAAGGAGCGCAGCCGAGGCUGACGCUGCCUCUUCAUCAAUAUCUUAUGCUGUUUGUCCUUGCCGUGCAAUCAUCCACAGCCUUUUUAACUGCGUAAAAUCACUCACUCGUGUGCGGAUGUGGCAACAACUGCACCCUUAUACAUGUAUCAUUCCCACAACCGCCUUUUAAAGAAAGAAGUGUGAACGUUCCAAUCAUGCAUCUAUAUAUGUUCACCACAAAUUAAAUCAUUAAAUGUUUUCUAUUUUGUUCCAA